AUGGAAGACGCGAUCGGCCAACCCAGUGCGACCACUUCGCUUGCCUGCGUCGGUUUUACCUGGUUGCUAGUAAUUUGGGGACUUGUUGGGAGCCACCAAGCGAUUGCCGCUUAUGUUAACUGUGAUACGUGCCAGUGUUCGGUCAGCGAAAGCAACAUGGAGAAGGGUGUUAUUCAUGUCCGACCACAAUGUAUGGAAGGUACAAUUCGCUGGCUUCAUCCUUACGGGGCGAUACGUCUGCGACUGAGCCCAAAUAACCCUGGUGGAAAGUUCCGGGUUUGCUUCUUGAUACGGACGCAGUUCGUGUCGAUUAAGGUUUCUGAGGAGACGCCGAACGACGUGGCCGACUUAAAGACACUUUUUAUAAUUCGAAGCAACAAGCCGAUCGAACAUUGUCUCUCAUCGAACUAUGACCCGUUUCUUUCCUUUUCGACUUACCCUUCUCUAAACUUGCACUUAUCUUCCGUUUUUUUUUCGACGGAACACGCACCCACUCUCUUUCUUUCCCUUAAUAUUGUCUGCUUUGUUCUCCCUCCCACACUCUCUCCGACUCUUGUGCCUUCACCUCACUUUGCCUCUCUCUUUCUUUUUCUCUUUCUCUCACUCUUACUCGGCUUUGAUUCUUUUCGCUUUCUCUUUUCCUUUUUCUGUCUCUUUGUUAUUUUGUUUUUCUCUUUAACUCUUUCUCUCUCUCAUAUUCUCUCCUUCUGUCGAUUACUGUUGUUAAUAUUUCCAUCUUCGCAUGGUUUCUCCCGGCAUUUAGAAAUGAGUAAAUUAUUCCCAGCUGUGCUACUUGCCGUUCUCGCUUUCUUACUUCCUUUCUUACCAUUUUCUUUUGCCUUUCUUCUUCUUCUUCUUCUUCUUCUUCUUCAACUACUUUUUCUUCAUCUUCUCAUUGCUUUUCCGUCUUCUUCAACUUUCAGCUUUCUUCUUUUCUUUCUUCUUCAUCACCUCCUCCUCCUUCAUUUCUUUCUUCUUCAUCUUCUUUUUUUCUUCUCUUUCUCCUCUGCUUUUUUCUUUCUUUCUUUCUUUCUUUAUAUCAGGCUUUUUUCACUCUGUUUCCUACAACUUUUUCUUUUCUCUUCCAUUAAAUCUUUUUCUCUCUCUCUCUCUCUUACACUCUCUCUUCUUUCUCACGAUUUUUCUCUAUCUGCCUCACUUAAUUUUUCAGUCUCUCUUUUCUUCAUUCUCAUGACUUUUAUUUCUCUCUCUCGCUCUUUUCUCUCACAUUUUUGCUCAUUCUUUCUUUAUUUCGCUGCACCUUUCUUUCUUUCUUUCUUUCUUUCUUUUUCUCACGGUCUCUCUCUCCCUUGUUGUUAUAUAUUCACUUAUUGCCGACCGUGUUCGGAUGAUGAACUAUUGCGCGCAUACUGCUCGAGUAGUUUUAUUGUCGAAGGUGUCAUGGGUAAAGUGAAAAACAACGCCGAGACAAAGACAACAAUUAUGGAAAUCCACAUAUCUCGACAAGUCUACGCCAAAAGUGAUAUAUUCUAUCGGCGCCGACGGAAAGGUCCUUUACUAGGCAUGGUCCACGUCCCUGUAGAAUGCCGAAAAAUUUAUUUGUUUUGUUUCCUUCCUCUUCUGUCUCUUUCUUUCUUUCUGUCUUUCUUACUUUCUUUUUUUCUUUCUUACUUUCUUUCUUUCUUUCUUUCUCUUUCUCUCUCUCUCUCUCUUUCUCAUGCGAGUCUGCCCAGUGGCUGA